AUGCCAUUAACUAACCUUGUUUUGAAGCGUUUGAUUGAUAAUUGGAAGUCAGAACAAUUUAGUCGCAUACUGGAUUUUGCUUCUCAAAUCGCGGACAAAGAAAGCCAUAAGCUGAAACAUGAAGAGGCUGCUGUCUUUAAUUUGGAGAGUCUCAUCACUUCAUUGAAUGGAGUAAACAGAAGAAAUUAUGUCAGACAACUCAUCUCUAUAGGGUUUCUGUCAUUUCUUUUUAGGAGGUUUGAAUUGGGAAAUGUGGAAGAGAAAACACAUGUUUUGGCACUCUUGGUAAAUUGCAGUGAAGCAGAUUCUAGUUGCAUAUAUCAGAUCGUGAGGAACAUUGACAAAAAAUGGCUUCUACAGCUUCUUUGCAGUGAGGAUGUUGCCCCAAGAACAAUUGCAAUUUCGCUACUUACUGAAUUAUUUUCUCUUACAAGAAAUGAUGUUAUUUCCUUCUUAAGUGGCUUUGCUGGUCCGGAUUUAUUGAACACUAUGGAUGUUCUACUUUUGUAUCUUCAGAAUUCUUCUCUCCAUCAAAAACCCCUUGUUGCUGUUCUUCUGUUGCACCUUGAUUUACUGGACAACUUCUAUCUGAAGACUCAGCCUCCAAUGCAUUGCGUAUACAGAGAGGAGGCUGUGAAUGCCAUUGCAGUUGCUCUUGAUGCCAGCUUAUAUGAUGACAAGGUUCAAGAAAAGUGUUGCAGGGCACUGCUUAUUUUGAAAGGACUUUUUGCUUUCAAAGGAAAGAAACAAGCCAAGGCUAACAUUUUAAAGCAAAAUGAAGAUGAAAAUGACAGUUCAGCAGUCAAUUCUUGUGAGCAUGAAGAAGAGGGCAUAAUAUCAUUGGUGUGUUUGCUUUCCAAAGUUAUCUGCUUGUCUCUCAUGGCCUUUUCCCCAAUUAUAUUAACAAUAUAA